GAGGCCGCCAGAUGCUCCCCCGAGCCUCUCCCCCCGCUCAAACCCCCCAAAAUCGGCCGUGGGGACCCGCCGGGGGCUCCAAGGAUGAUUGUGCCACCGCUCUGUUCACGGCCAGCGGGGAGUGCUGCCGGGCCUGCAACGUGGGCGAGGGCGUGGUGCAGCCCUGCGGGGUCAACCAGACCGUGUGCGAGCCCUGCCUGGACAGCGUCACCUUCUCGGACGCGGUGAGCGCCACGGAGCCGUGCCGGCCGUGCACGCAGUGCGGGGGCCUGCAGAGCAUGCUGGCUCCGUGCGUCGAGUCCGACGACGCCGUCUGCGUCUGCGCCUACGGAUACUUCCAGGACGAGGCCAGCGGGAGCUGCCGCGCCUGCGGCGUCUGCGAGGUCGGCUUCGGGCUGAUGUUCUCGUGCAAGGGCUCGCAGGACACGGUGUGCGAGGAGUGUCCCGAGGGAACCUUCUCCAGCGAGGCCAACUUCGUGGAUCCCUGCCUGCCCUGCACCACCUGUGAGGACAACGAGGUGCUGCUGCGGGAGUGCACGGCCACCGCGGACGCCGAGUGUCGGGCGCUGCACCCCCGCUGGACAACCCCGGCCCCGUUCCUGGAGGGCUCCGAGAGCCCCGAGGUGGCCACCAGGGAGCCGCUGAGCACCGAGGGUGUGGCCAGCACGGCGGGGGACGUGGCCACCACCGUCAUGGGCAGCUCGCAGCCCGUGGUGACCCACGGGGGCAGCGACAACCUGAUCCCCGUGUACUGCUCCAUCCUGGCCGCCGUGGUGGUGGGGCUGGUGGCGUACAUCGCCUUCAAGAGGUGGAACAGCUGCAAGCAGAACAAGCAGGGAGCCAACAACCGCCCGGUGAACCAGACGCCGUCCCCCGAGGGGGAGAAGCUGCACAGCGACAGCGGCAUCUCCGUGGACAGCCAGAGCCUGCACGACCAACAGCCCCCCGGGACGGGCACCCAGGGGACAGCCCCCAAGGCGGACGGCACCCCGUACACGGCGCUGCCUCCGGCCAAGCGGGACGAGGUGGAGAAGCUGCUGGCCAGCUCGGCCGGGGACACGUGGCGACAGCUGGCGGGCGAGCUGGGCUACAAGGAGGAGCUGCUGGAGGCGUUCACCCGCGAGGAGAGCCCGGCCCGGGCCCUGCUCGCACACUGGGGCUGCCGAGAGUCCGCCACGCUGGACGCGCUGCUGGCGGCGCUGAGGCGGGCACAGCGAGGGGACAUCGCCGACAGCCUGGCCAGCGAGUCCACGGCCACCUCCCCCGUGUGA